AUAAAUAAUUAUUAAACUAAUUUCCAACAAAUUAGCUUAUGCCAAAAUAAUCAAAUACAUAAAAUUUAUUUUAUUUUGCAAAUUAGCCAUGCAAAUAUUUUUCUUGGGUGAAAAUGUUCAUACUUCAUAGGAUCCAAAUCCCAUUGCAUUAGUAUUAUAUUAAUAUUAAUUAAUCUCAAAACAAAGGGAGUUAUAGAAGCAAAACAUGAUCCUAGUAGAUUCCUUGAGGAACAAUGAUGUUUGAAGUGUGCAUCAUCAUCAUCAUCAUCAUCGUCAUCAUCAUCAUCAUCAUCAUAUGAGAUCUAUGAGUAGAGGAGAUGCUUGAUUCCACGUGCUUUCGUAGGAAUCCAUUUACAGUCGCCGCUCAAUCGUCUUCCACUCUCCCUCAAAUCUUUUCUCUUCCUUCACCAAUCCCUCAAUGGCCUCAAGGACAAGGUUUUGCUUCAGGAGUUGUGAAUCUUGGUGAAAUAGAAGUUUUCAAGGUCACAAGAUUUGAGUUAAUUUGGAGCAGUGCUAUACUAGACCCAAAUAAACCUGUUAUAUUCUACAAGCCUGUGGAAAUACCUAACAGUUUCCAUAUCCUUGGUCAUUAUUGUCAACCCAGUGACAAGCCUUUACGGGGUUUUGUACUUGUCGCAAAGGAAACAGGGACUCGAUUGCCCGAAACUAAUGAGGAAAAGUCACCUCUGAGGAAACCCCUUGAUUUUAAGUUAGUUUGGAGUUCAAAUCCACCUGACAAUCUGGAAAUUUCAAGUGGAUGUGGUUACUUCUGGCUACCUGAACCUCCUGAAGGUUACAAGGCGGUUGGCUACUUUGUUACGGAAAAACCCAACAAGCCUGAGUUGGAUGAAAUGUGUUGUGUUCGUGCCGACCUCACUGACAAAUGUGAACCUUACCGUGUAAUAUUUGCUGUUGGUUCUAGAAAUCCGGAGUUUUCCUUCCAGGUAUGGAGCUCCAGACCUUGCGAUCGUGGCAUGCUAGGAAAAGGUGUUUCUGUUGGGACUUUUAUUUGCAGCAGUGGUUUGAGCAACGGAGAAGAGGAUCAUAUUGCAUGCUUGAAGAACUUAAAUCCUUUGCUACCAUCAAUGCCUGAUUUGCAACAAAUUCAUGCACUUAUUAAUCAUUAUGGCCCUACUGUUUUCUUUCACCCUGAUGAAAUCUACUUGCCAUCUUCUGUUGAUUGGUUUUUCAACCAUGGAGCCCUUUUGUACCAAAAGGGUGUGCCUAAAGGCGAGGUAAUUGAUGAAGCUGGCUCAAAUUUACCGUGUGGAGGAUCAAAUGAUGGCGAAUUUUGGAUAGACUUGCCGAGUUACAAUGAUCUAAGGGUUUUUCUCAAACACGGGGACUUAAAAAGUGCGAAGCUUUAUGUUCAUGUGAAGCCAGCUCUUGGUGGGACUUUUACAGACAUAGCAAUGUGGAUAUUUGCUCCCUUCAACGGACCAGCCACUCUGAAAAUUGGAAUUAAGGAUAUACCUUUGAGCAAGAUCGGCGAGCAUGUUGGCGAUUGGGAGCAUUACACGCUUCGUAUAUGCAACUUUGCUGGAGAGCUCUAUAGCAUAUACUUCUCACAGCACAGUGGCGGCGAAUGGGUGGACGCAUUUGACUUAGAUUAUAUUGAUGGAAAUAAAGCUAUUGUUUACUCGUCAAAAUGUGGACAUGCAAGUUACCCUCAUCCUGGAACCUAUAUCCAAGGGUCUUCAAAACUAGGUCUUGGCAUUAGGAACGAUGCUGUUCGUAGUAAUUUUUCCUUGGAUUCUAGUAUCCAUUACGAGGUUGUUGCAGCUGAAUAUCUAGAAAAUGUUGUCGAUGAGCCUAAUUGGUUGCAGUUUAUGAGAAAGUGGGGUCCCAAAAUUGUUUAUGAUUCAAAAACUGAGCUGGAUAAGAUUAUCAAUAAGCUUCCUCGCAUGCUUCAGCAUUCAAUGAGAAACUUGUUUGACAAGUUUCCAGUGGAGCUGUAUGGUGAAGACGGUCCUACUGGACCAAAAGAGAAAAAUAAUUGGAUAAAUGAUGAGAGAUGGUGAAAUAGGUGUUUGGCUGAUGAUUUGUGCACUGAUGAUGGAAUAGUUGCAAAUGUCUCACAUUUGGAUUGAAUUGAAUGAGAAUUCAUACACUCACUGCCACUGUCUGGUAUGGUAUUCAACUUGUUUUGCAGAUCCAAAUUUAUUUGGCAUGAGAUUUUAAAGCUACCAUGCAGUUUCCUUGAUAAGUAAUGCUGGCAUGGCAUGGAAUAAUUUAGAAGAAUCAUAUUCCUAACACUUGCUAGAAUGUCAGAAGCCCUGCUCAGUUUCUGCUGCAUAUUCUGCAAAAGGCAAAAGCAACUCAAGGCAUUCAGUAUAACAACCAGAUUUUGAUUAUUUCCUCAACAAAUUGGGCAUUUACAAUUUUAAUGUGCCAACUUGAGGGGGGCAUUAAGAUAAAUAAUGAUAAAUAUGUGUUAUAGAAGUUGUAAUCUCUUUGUUUAUAGAUUGAUAGAUGAGGAAGUCUUUGACUGAUGGAUAUUGUAGGAAUGUUUUUUAGGAGUAACAUAGUAUGAGCCUAAUAUUUUGAUAUUUAUUCUUGUAUAUAUUCUGAUAUUAUCAGUAGAAAAAUUUGACAAAUA